AGCCGAAUACGCCAAUACAAUGGACAACUCGAUAACGGAGUAAGGACAGCACGAGGGAGUAGAUGGGUACCUGUGCUAGCAAUAACAGGAUUCGCGAGCAAGAAGGAUGCAACACAAUUCGAAUCAAGCGCCAAAGAACUAGCCAAAAAGCGAGAAUUUAAUGAAUACGCGACACUCUAUCAAGGCAAGUGUCCCGCCACUGUGGUGAAACGGAUUCUUGCGGCUCGUUGUCUGUUGU